UAUCUAUCUAGCCUCAAUUGUUAAGGCAUCCAAGACUCACAAACACUCGGCCUCACCGGAUCAAGAUUCUUGGGGAAUACAUCAGAAAACCUGGGUUUGAUUAUCUGAGUUCACAAGUCUCUACCAGCCUGUUGCAAUCAUGGAACACCAACCAAGUAUUAAUUUGGAAGACGAACUUGAAGCCCCAGAAGCUGUACAUACAGGACCUAAAGGGGUGAUCAAUGACUGGAGAAAAUUUAAAUUGGAGAGCCAAGACCAAGACCGUCUUCCUCCAAGUAAGAGAGAGCUCCUCAUCAGGCAAAUCUCUUCGCCCUACAACUGUCAGAGCAGAGAUCAUAGAGACAUCAGAGAACGAGUCAGUCGUAAGAUGAGUGUGCAAGAAUAUGAGUUGUUGAAUGUCAAAGAAGAUGAGAGUUGUUUACAGCAAUACCGGAAGCGCUGCAUGAAGAACAUGCACGAGCGAUUGAGCUUUGCGCCAAAGCACGGCUACGUUUCUGAGCUGCAGGAUGGGAAGGAGUUCCUGGAAGCUGUGGAGAAAGAACACAAGGCCACCACUGUAAUUGUCCACAUCUAUGAAGAUGACAUCAAGGAGUGUGACGCACUCAACAGCAGCCUUAACAGUCUUGCUGCUGAGUAUUCCAUUGUGAAAUUUUGCAAAAUUAAGGCUGCUAACACAGGGGCAGGAGACCGUUUCUCCAGUGAUGUUCUUCCAACACUACUUGUCUACAAAGGUGGGGAGCUUAUAAGCAAUUUCAUUAGUGUGACCGACCAACUGAAUGGAGAAUUUUCUACUACAGAUGUGGAGACUUUCUUAAAUGAAUAUGGGUUACUCCCUCAGAAAGGAAUUCCAGAACUUGGCAAUGGUGACAUGAAUGAACAAGAAAUUGAACAGUAGAUAUCUAGUAUUUCAUCAUCUGUGCUCAGUGAAUUUUUAGUUUGGAUCCCAUUUGGGGCCAAAUUUACGUAGGAAAUGCUGCAUAUAGAAGCAUUAAAAAAGACUUAUUAGGAAAGUAUAGAAAGAUAUAAAAGAAAUAAGGGAUGCCCAGGUCUUAGCCUGAUGAUCCCUUUUUGUUUUUUCCUCUUCUUUUCACUUUUACAAGAAAUAAGAGAACAAAUUAGGAUUGGUGAAAUCUUCUUACCAAGGGGAUGCAA